GACGGCACGCGCCUGCGCAAUGAGGGGCUGAGACCGGAGCGUGGCGGCGCGCGUGCGUGCUGGGUUGCGUGCCUGCGUGCGUUCUAGUUAACAUCUUUAAAAAAUCCAACAUCAAAAUGGCUUCAAAAAGAGCUCUGGUCAUCCUGGCUACAGGAGCAGAGGAGAUGGAGACGGUCAUCCCUGUCGAUGUCAUGAGACGAGCUGGAAUUAAGGUCACCAUCGCAGGUCUGGCUGGAAAAGACCCGGUACAGUGUAGCCGAGAUGUUGUCAUUUGUCCUGAUGCCAGUCUAGAAGAUGCAAAAAAAGAGGGACCUUACGAUGUGGUGGUUAUGCCAGGAGGUGGUCUGGGCGCACAGAAUUUAUCCCAGUCCUCUGCUGUGAAGGAGAUACUGAAGGAACAAGAAAAGAGGAAGGGCCUCAUCGCCGCCAUCUGUGCGGGACCUACGGCUCUGUUGGCUCAUGAAAUAGGUUUUGGAAGCAAAGUUACAACACACCCACUUGCUAAAGACAAAAUGAUGGACGGGAGUCAUUACAGCUACUCAGAGAACCGUGUGGAAAGGGAUGGCCUGAUCCUCACCAGCCGGGGGCCGGGAACCAGCUUUGAGUUUGCUCUGGCGAUCGUCGAGGCGCUGGCCGGCAAGGAGGUGGCCGAACAAGUGAAGGCCCCGCUGGUCCUUAAAGAUUAGAGCAGAGAGGUUUGAGGACGGGUAACCCAUCCUCACCGUGUUCGCUUGAAGCAAAAGAAGGGGAUUCCUGUGCAGAGACGCGUCAUCACCAUCCCCCCUCAAGUGCGGCUGUGACGGGACAGCUGCACAGAGAUUCCUCAACCUGCACUUGUGUCCCCACAUUUCUGAACCUUGAUUGCAGAAUAAAUGGGGCAUUUAGCA